AUGUGUUUCAGUGGCAACACAGAAGGGAAGCAAACCACUAAACCAGGAUGUGAAACUGACGACGGCGUCUCCAAAGGGGGAGAUGCAUCGUCACGCAAGGCGACUGCCAUUCCACCAGAAUACGACCCGUACUUAGCGCGUGUCGUUGAUCAUCCCAUCACGCAUAUUGUGAAUAUCUUCCAAGUAAUCUUACAGAUUGGAAGCUGUUGUGUGUAUGUGGUAUUUGUCAGCAGCCACAUCAAAGCCGUAGUGGACCAGUACUCUCAUGGGUUGGAUCUCAGGAUAUACAUGUUAAUUUUGCUCGUGCCACUGAUAAUAAUAAAUAUGGUGCGCAAUUUAAAGUUGCUGGCACCAUUUACAACUUUAGCCAAUAUCUUGACUUUAAUUGGCUUUUGUAGCACAUUCUACUACUUGUUGAACAGUUCUCCCAGCCUUUUGGACAGACAACCAUUUGGGCCUCUCAAGGAUUUGCCUCUGUUUUUUGGAACUGUGCUUUUUUCACUAGAGGCAAUUGGUGUACUUCUCCCAUUGGAAAAUAGCAUGAAAUCACCAGGAAGUUUUGUUGGUCCACUGGGUGUGCUUAACAGAGCUAUGGUUAUCAUCAUUUUUCUCUUUAUUGUAAUUGGAUUAUUUGGCUACAUGAAAUAUGGAAAUGAAGCACAAGGAAGCAUAACACUUAAUCUGCCAGCUGAUGAAAUACUUGCGCAAGCUGUGAAGAUAAUGCUGGCUCUCUCCAUUUUUAUAUCACACAGUCUACAGAAUUAUGUUAACAUUGACAUCUUAUGGAACAGUUAUUUGAGUGAGAAGUUUGAGAAACAUCCUCAUAAGAUUAUAUUUGAAUAUAUUGUUCGUAUUAGUCUUGUCACUAUUACAUUCCUGUUGGCAGCUGCUGUUCCAAAUCUGGAGCUGUUUAUAUCUCUGUUUGGAUCCCUCUGUCUGUCAGCUAUUGGAAUUGCUUUCCCAGCAAUAAUACAAAGCUGCAUCAUCUGGAAGAGCAGUAGUGGAAAACUUAAAUUUGUCUUGAGAAAUAUGAAGAACAUCUUUCUGGUCUCAUUUGCUUCUUUGGGUCUUGUUGUUGGGACAUAUAUAUCGAUAUCUGAUAUUAUGAAAAAAUUUAGUUAAGUAGAUACAACACCAGGUCUUAUAAAGUCAGUGAUAUUACUACUGCCAAGUUGUAAAGCUAGAAAGAGUUUGCAACAGUGGCUAUUACCUGUUAGAUAAACCUUGUGUGCUUUUUACUUAGUGAUCAGAAGAAUGGAUGGGAAGGACAUAAUUGAUACUAAUUACUACUUAAUUAUGCAACAUAAUAGACUUCUGUUGGAAUACUAUCUCACAUGCUUGUCCUUUAGACCUAAGAUUUUUUUCUCUGUUCAGUGACAAAAUAUCUUUACUAAAGUGAUACAAUUUGCAGAUGUAGUCAAUGGGAAGUUUUGAGUCAUACACCAAAACUCUCAAUCAAAAAUAUGUACUGUUGAAGUACAUGUGAGAAAGCAUUCAUUAUGAGGUCACUUGAAAAUAAAUCUGUCGUUCCUGUAGGCAAAUAAAAUUGAAAAUGCUUGCUGUUGCAAAAGAGAUCCUGAACAAGUAAGCUGUCAACACAAAUUAGCAAGUGCUUCUCAGUAUAAAUUUACAGUGAACCUCGACAGUUCAAAAUGAAUCUCUUCGGUUGUUAGAUGAGCAGUAUUGUUUAGUUAAGAUGGUCCUGAAAUCAACUAAAAGUAAACUGAGACGUUUUGUAUUUAUGCAUUCUUCCACAUUAGAACAAACUGGUUCUAGUUGCAAUGUCCUGUGACUCUCAUGUAUUAAAGUUAGUACUAUGAAGAAGAAACAAGGAAAAAUUUUCAGCAUGUAGAUCCACUCUCUCUACUAACAACACACAAAAUGUAAUGAAUAGACAAUGAAUGGAAUGUGUGGAUAGGUAACUGGAAAAAUUUUAUGUUGUCCUUACACCAAAUACAACAUUAA